AUGAUUAGAUUUAUUCUUAUACAAAAUCGUGCAGGUAAAACUCGCUUGGCUAAAUGGUAUAUGAAUCUUGAUGACGAAGAAAAGCAAAAAUUAAUCGAGGAAGUACAUGCUUUAGUUACUGUACGAGACGCCAAACAUACAAACUUUGUCGAAUUUCGAAAUUUUAAGAUAGUUUAUCGUCGUUAUGCUGGACUGUAUUUUUGUAUGUGUAUAGACCUUAUGGAUAAUAGUCUCGCAUACUUGGAAGCGAUUCAUAAUUUUGUAGAGGUUCUUAAUGAACUAUUUCACAAUGUUUGUGAAUUGGACCUCGUUUUUAAUUUCUAUAAAGUUUAUAGUGUUGUUGAUGAAAUGUUUCUAGCCGGGGAAAUCCGCGAGACAAGUCAAACCAAGGUUUUAAAGCAGGUCAUUAUGUAUUCUGCAUUGGAAUAA